GGGCACUGUCGAUGCAGGUCCUCCUCAACUUCAACCCGAAGUAUUUAGGCCGGCAGAGGGGCGAAAAGUUUCGAGCCGGCCGUUUAAGGGACGCGGCGUGGGCGGGACAGGCAGCGGAGGGAUUCUGGGUGCGCGCGGAGAGGCCGCUGGCGCGGAGCUAGUGGCGCCAGAAUUCGGAGCGCGGAAGAGCCUGAGCGGCUGUCGGUCGUACGCGAGCCCGUCUCUCGCCACGGGCGCCGGGCGAGGAGACAGGGAAGAUGGUGGUUCUCCGCAGCAGCCUGGAGCUGCAUAGCCAUUCCGCCUCCUCGGCCACGGACCCUCUGGACCUGUCCAACGAGUUCCUCAGCCUGGAGCAGCUCGGCCGGAGGCGGCUCCGCUCGGCCCGUGCCGCCGAGCAGUCCGCCGUCACCGUCGCCGCCGCGGGCGAUGGGUCUUCAGUUAAAGAAGUUGAAACCUACCACCGGACACGUGCUUUAAGGUCUUUGAGAAAAAAUGCACAGAAUUCUUCAGAUUCUAGUUUUGAUAAGAAUAUGGAAAUAACAGAGAAACAUGCUAAUGGAAGGCAUUUUACAAGGCAGUUGGCCAGACAGCAGGCUGAUAAGAAGAAAGAAGAGUGCAAAGAAGAUAAAGUGAUUCCAGUUACUCGGUCACUGAGGACUAGAAACAUCGUUCAAACUAAAGAACACUUGCAUGAAGAGAAUGGUGACGUUGAAGUUCGCCGCAGUUGCCGGAUUAGAAGUCGCUAUAGUAGUGUGAACCAGUCUGUGCUGUUUGACAAACUUAUAACAAACACUGCUGAAGCUGUACUUCAGAAAAUGGAUGACAUGAAGAAGAUGCGUAGACAGCGAAUGAGGGAACUUGAAGACUUGGGAGUGUUUAAUGAAACAGAAGAAGGGAAUCUUAAUAUGUACACAAGAGGAAAACAAAAAGGUAUUCAAAGAACGGAUGAGGAAACAACUGACAAUCAAGAAGGCAGUGUGGAAUCAUCUGAAGAGGGUGAAGACCAAGAAGAUGAAGAUGAUGGUGAAGAUGAUGAAGAUGAAGAUGAUGAUGAUGAUGAUGAUGAAGAUGAUGAUGAAGAUGAAGAUGAAGAGGAUGGGGAAGAAGAUAAUCAGAAACGAUACUAUCUUAGACAGAGAAAAGCUACUGUGUACUACCAGGCUCCACUGGAAAAACCUCGUCACCAGAGAAAGCCCAACAUUUUUUAUAGUGGCCCAGCUUCUCCUGCAAGACCAAGAUAUAGAUUAUCUUCUGCUGGACCAAGAAGUCCUUAUUGUAAACGAAUGAACAGGCGAAGGCAUGCAAUCCACAGUAGUGACUCUACUUCAUCUUCCUCUUCUGAAGAUGAACAACACUUUGAGAGGCGAAGAAAAAGGAGCCGUAAUAGAGCUAUCAACAGGUGCCUCCCGCUAAAUUUUCGGAAAGAUGAAUUAAAAGGAAUUUAUAAAGAUAGAAUGAAGAUUGGAGCAAGUCUUGCGGAUGUUGAUCCAAUGCAACUAGAUUCUUCAGUACGAUUUGAUAGCGUUGGCGGCCUGUCUAAUCAUAUUGCAGCUCUAAAAGAGAUGGUGGUGUUUCCAUUACUUUAUCCAGAAGUCUUUGAAAAAUUCAAAAUUCAACCUCCAAGAGGUUGUUUGUUUUAUGGCCCACCUGGAACUGGAAAAACUCUGGUUGCCAGAGCACUUGCCAAUGAGUGCAGUCAAGGGGAGAAGAGAGUAGCGUUCUUCAUGAGGAAAGGUGCUGACUGUCUGAGUAAAUGGGUAGGAGAGUCUGAGAGACAGCUCCGAUUACUGUUUGAUCAGGCUUAUCAGAUGCGCCCAUCCAUUAUUUUUUUUGAUGAAAUCGAUGGUCUGGCUCCAGUACGAUCAAGCAGGCAAGAUCAAAUUCACAGUUCCAUUGUUUCCACCCUGCUAGCUCUUAUGGAUGGAUUGGACAGCAGAGGAGAAAUUGUGGUCAUUGGUGCAACCAACAGACUGGAUUCUAUCGAUCCUGCUUUGCGAAGGCCUGGUCGCUUUGACAGAGAAUUCCUUUUCAGCCUACCUGACAAAGAUGCUCGAAAAGAAAUUCUUAAGAUUCACACAAGGGAUUGGAAUCCUAAACCACUGGACAUAUUUCUAGAAGAACUAGCAGAAAACUGUGUUGGAUACUGUGGUGCAGAUAUUAAGUCAAUAUGCUCUGAGGCUGCUUUAUGUGCUCUGCGUCGACGCUACCCACAAAUCUAUACUACUAGUGAGAAACUACAGUUGGAUCUCUCUUCAAUUAACAUCUCAGCUAAGGAUUUUGAGGUAGCUAUGCAAAAGAUGAUACCAGCUGCCCAAAGAGCUGUGACAUCACCUGGGCAGGCAUUGUCCACUGUUGUGAAACCACUCCUGCAAAGCACCGUUCACAAGAUCUUAGAAGCCCUGCAGAGAGUAUUUCCACAUGCAGAAAUCAGAACAAAUAAAGCAUUGGAUUCAGAUAUUUCAUGUCCUCUGCUAGAAAGUGACUUGGCAUACAGUGAUGAUGAUAUUCCAUCUGUAUAUGAGAAUGGGCUUUCUCAAAAAUCCUUUAAGGCAAAAGAAAAUUUUAAUUUUCUUCACUUGAAUAGAAAUGCAUGUUAUCAACCUAUGUCUUUUCGACCAAGAAUAUUGAUAGUGGGAGAACCAGGCUUUGGGCAAGGUUCUCAUUUGGCACCAGCUGUCAUCCAUGCUUUGGAAAAAUUUGCAGUAUAUACAUUAGACAUUCCUGUUCUUUUUGGAGUCAGUGCUACAUCUCCUGAAGAAACGUGUGCCCAGGUGAUUCGUGAAGCUAAGAGAACAGCACCAAGUAUAGUAUAUGUUCCUCAUAUCCACCUGUGGUGGGAAAUAGUUGGACCAACACUCAAAGCCACAUUUACUACAUUGUUACAGAAUAUUCCUUCAUUUGCUCCAGUUUUAUUACUUGCAACUUCUGACAAACCCCAUUCUGCUCUCCCAGAAGAGGUCCAAGAAUUAUUUAUCCGUGAUUAUGGAGAAAUUUUCAAUGUCCAGUUACCUGGUAAAGAAGAACGAACAAAAUUUUUUGAAGAUUUAAUUCUAAAGCAAGCUGCUAAGCCUCCUUUAUCAAAAAAGAAAGCAGUUUUGCAGGCCUUGGAGGUACUCCCUGUAGCACCACCACCUGAGCCAAGACCACUGACCGUAGAAGAAGUGAAACGACUAGAAGAACAAGAAGAAGAUACAUUUAGAGAACUGAGGAUUUUCUUGAGAAAUGUUACACAUAGGCUUGCUAUUGACAAGCGAUUCAGAGUAUUUACUAAACCUGUUGACCCUGAUGAGGUUCCUGAUUAUGUCACUGUGAUAAAGCAACCAAUGGACCUUUCAUCUGUAAUCAGUAAAAUUGAUCUCCACAAGUAUCUGACUGUGAAAGACUAUUUGAGUGAUAUCGACCUAAUCUGUAGUAAUGCUUUAGAAUACAAUCCAGAUAGAGAUCCUGGAGAUCGUCUUAUUAGGCAUAGAGCCUGUGCUUUAAGAGAUACGGCCUAUGCAAUAAUUAAAGAAGAACUUGAUGAAGACUUUGAGCAGCUUUGUGAAGAAAUUCGGGAAUCUAGAAAGAAGAGAGGUUGUAGCUCCUCCAAAUAUGCCCCAUCUUACUAUCAUGUGAUGCCAAAGCAAAAUUCCACCUCUGCUGGUGAUAAAAGAUCAGAUCCAGAGCAGAAUGAAAAACUCAAGACAACCAGUACUCCUGUGGCUUGCAGUACUCCUGCUCAGUUGAAGAGAAAAAUCCGCAAAAAGUCAAAGUGGUACUUAGGCACCAUAACAAAACGAAGGAGGAUUUCACAGGUGAAAGAUGAGAGCCAGAAUGUCACAGAUGACAAAAUUGAGAGUGAUACAGAGGAAAAUCAAGAUACAAGUGUAGACCACAAUGAGACUGGAAACACAGGAGAGUCCUCAGUGGAAGAAAAUGAAAAGCACCAAAAUGCCUCUGAAAGCAAAAUAGAAUUGGGGAAUAAUAAUUCAAGUAUCUGUGGUAUUGAAAAUGAACUUGAAGAAUCUGGGAAGACCAGAGCAUGCACAGAAGUGAGGAAAGAUAAAGUUGUCUGCAAUGGAGAUGCUUCUGGCUGUCAGAUAAUAGAUACUUCUGAUGAAAAUGAAGCAAAAGAAAUGUGUGUUCUGCGAAUGACUCGAGCUAGACGUUCCCAAGUAGAACAACAGCAGCUCAUCAGUGUUGAAAAGGCUUUGGCAAUUCUUUCCCGGCCUACACCCUCACUUGUCGUGGACCAUGAACAAUUAAAAAAUCUUUUGAAGACUGUUGUUAAAAAAAGUCAAGAAUACAAUAUUUUUCAGUUGGAAAAUUUAUAUGCAGUAAUCAGCCAGUGUAUUUAUCAGCAUCGCAUGGACUAUGACAAAACAACACUUAUUCAGAAAAUGGAGCAAGAGGUAGAAAACUUCAGUUGUUCCAGAUCAUGAUGCCCUGGUAUCAAGUAUUCUUUAUAUUCAGUUGCUAUUUAAUUCACCUUUGUCAUGUCCAUAUAAGUGAUACAAGAUGAAAUCCUGCAUCUUUAAGGAAAUGAUUAAAAUAGUAAAUAAAAAUAUUUAAACUUUUCUGGUAUUUAUGUACAUGUGUAAGAUAAAUUACAGCGAUAACUGAUAAAUAUUUGACGUUUGAACAAGGCACUGUAGUAAUAGUAAUUCUCUAGUGUAUCAGUAGUUGAAGUAUGGCCAACUCUUAAUAAAAGUUAUUUUGAUAACUAAUGUUUUAUGGCACUUAAGAGUAAUUAGUGACAUUGACAUUUUUUUGUUUUAAGCACUUUUAAUGUUUUUCCUUCCUAAAAAUAUUUUCUUGUAUCAGACUAGAAACUUCCUGAACCAUUGUGUCUUUGUGUCUUUGCCAUCCUUUUGUUCUUGUUCUUUUCAGUGUCCAUCUCCUAUUUGCCUUUAGCUUUCUUUCCCCAUUUACCUAAAAGCCAGGGUUCGGGUCAUCUGUGGGAAGGCCCUGAACAGCUUCUGUACUUGAAUGUCAAAAUUCAGAUAAACAUUUUUAUAAUUCUAAUUUGGGUUAAUAAAGAUUUUUAAUAUUUUUUGUUUAUUUUUAUGAUUAUACACACAGCAAAUGUAUUAAUAUCUACUUGUUCAAUAUCUUUUUAAUAGCACAAAGGUUUUAUAUUUGAAAACUCUCUAUAUCUUUCUAAAUUUGUGCUUAGGUUGUAUUCUAUAGAUAGUUUUUAUAUACAAUUAUAUAAAUAUAAAUAUUAUAAAUUUUGUAUUAAUGAUACCAAAAAUACAUUUCUUUCUUAAAGCAAUAAAAUCAUUCACCGCCAUGCAUAUUCUCUUGUUUUGUUUUUUUACAAAGACAUUCUAAUAUUAGUUUGUGAAAUAGUUGGAAACUUCCUUCAAGGGGAAUAGGAGUUAAGGAUCUCAUAUGAGAGAGUCUGGAUUCUAAAACGGUUUCCGAGUUGAGCUGCCUUUUCUUGUUGAUUUAUCUGGAUAUUGUUAUUUAAAGCCUUAUAAAACCCAGGAAUUUAAAUACCUUAACAAAUAGAUAUCCUCUUAUAUAAUGCACAAAGCGAUGCCAGUCACUGAAAAAAUUUAAAGCAGUGUAUGUUUUUGCACUUAUGUAUACACACUCAUUUUUAUUGAAGCUUAUUAUAACUC